GAUCGCUCCUGUAGAAAAUUUAUAUACGUCUUUCGUGUUUUGAGUUACAAUAAGUUUCCAGUCGAGGUUUUAAUUGGCAAGCAUGUCUUCUGAAUUUACAAAUAAGAGAUUCAAAAGAGGCCAAGCGGAUGUUUGGUCGACCCGUGAGAAGUUGUCGCUUGCAAGUGCUGUCAUGAGGAGUGGUGACCAGAACUGGGUGUCUGUGAGUCGAAGCAUUCGACCUUUCUUGGAGCCUGGCAGAUGCAGCGAUUGGUUCUCUCAGAUAAAUUGUGCCAGGCAGUAUGAAGAACUGUUGGAUAAAGUUGAAACACCAAAGAGGAAGAGAGGCGAGAAAGAUGUGGAGAGGCCUGGAGACGUCAUCGUGAAGAAGUUGACAGCAGAGAGGAUCGAAGAGCUGAAGGUCCUCAUUCAGCAGCAGGCCGAAAAAUACAGGACUCUGAAGAACGAGUUGGAAAAAAUUAAAUCUGGCCAACUGCAGGAUCAAAUAAAGGAAAUAUGGUCUAAAUUAUCUCAAGAAAAAACCAACAAGCAAUUACCUGUAGAAGAAGACUCAGUUUUUCCACCAUACCUUGAACUGUCUGAGAUGAGUUGGCUUCGACAAGGGCUGUUAUUUCUUUAUCCUGGUUUACUGUGUUUCGACAAAUUCGCGGAUGCCAUGGAAGAGGAUUUCGAUGCAGAAGAUGAACGAGAUAUCAGUAAAGCUGAUUUUGAAGAAAAUAAUGAUUCCAAUUUGACCUCCGAUGAAAAAAUUCUUGGCAAAAAUGAAAUUGUAGAUGAAUCUUAUCUGAAUAUUACUGAUAACCACUUUGUGACAAUUGAGAACAACGACAGCGAAGACAUAUUGAUAUCAACUGAGGAGAUUAUUGAAGAUGUCGAAGUCGAUGUACAUGUCUGCAAAAAUGAAGUCACAGAUAAUCUAGGUAGUCAGAACAAUAAUGAUAAUCCCCCCAAUGAUGUUGAAGAUGGUGGUGAUGAUAUAAAAGCUGCUGAAAAGAUUAAUGAAAACGACAAAACCGAUGAUGACAACGAUAACAUGAAAUGUAACGCUACCACUGAUUACACUCAGGAUAAUUGCACAGAUACCAAAAAUGUUAUCAGCAGUGAUGUUGAUAUGAAGGAUGAUGUCGACAUUAAUAACCUAAAAACAACAAAUUCGAAUGAAAUCGAGAAAGAGAUUGUAGAAUGUAACGAUUUCAGCAAUGAGAUUGAAGUAGCUGAAAGGAGUCUCAUGGAAGCUGUAGAGAACGUGAGCAGUGCCGACGACGAGAAUUCAGUUAAAUACGGCAAACAAUCAUAUUCCGAUGAAAUCGACACGAAAACCAACGCCGAUGACGACAAAUCUGAAAACAAUAAUUUAAAAUGUUCUGUCUCAAAUAUUAAGGAAGAGAGUGCUGAGCUGAAAGAAAUAAACGCCAGCACGACGCCUGAUGAGACAAAACUGCUAACUUCCUUGAAGUUGGCGGAUUCGGAAGGAGACGAGGGCUGCACGGAACCAUCAUCGCCUUCAAGCAGCAUUUCCAACAGCGGAGAUGCUGCUCUGUCAUCAAAGCACACCAACAGCAAUCUCUCAGCUAAAAGUUUAAAGAAAGAAAGAAAGUAUGAAUGCAAUACGAAGAAAGCCCUUACUGAUAAAGAGGAUCUUGCAACAGUAACCACAGCUACUACAGCAACUACAUUCCCGGCUAUUAAAGAGGAUUUAGAAUAUAUUAAAGAAUCGGAAGUUAGUAGCAGCAAGGCGGACACAACUGACGAUGAAGAGGAAGACGACGAUGACAUCAAAAAUGAUCAUUCUUUGAAAUUGUCAGCAGCCUCAGCCACAUUAAAACCAAAGUUCGCUGAACUGAACGAAUCCCUACCUAACAGUCCUGCAUCUUUUUGCAAUAGUGACACAGAAGAUGAGAGGACGCACAAAGUUUGGAAAAAGUCUAUCAUGCUUGUUUGGAGAGGAAUAUCCAAUCACAAGUUUGCCAAUAUUUUCAUGCAUCCGGUCACUGAAGACAUUGCACCUGGAUAUCACACCACAAUUUUCAAACCAAUGGAUUUGAAUACAAUCCGCAAGAAUAUAGACAUUGGGGUGAUCAGAACGACCAGUGAAUUUCAACGUGACAUGAUGCUGAUGUUCACCAAUGCUAUAAUGUAUAAUCACUCCUCUCAUGACGUUCACAAAAUGGCUUUGGAAAUGUAUAAAGAUUCGAUGGCGCAGAUUGAACAAUUUGUCAGCACCCAGAUGAUGGUAAGUACUGAACCGAAACUUUUACGGACAUUAAGAAGAUCAGAUGUUGCAGCAAGUGACAAGGAGGACGAAACGAAAAAGAAAAGAACAGCUGAUGAAGCCAACACGCCGAGCAUCACGAAAAAAAGAAAGUGAAGAACUGUAUAUCUAAUCUUAUCAAUUUAACUACAUUCUACAAAAAUUUUUUAUUGUUACAAAAUUAAAAUUUUAUCAUUAAUAAAUUCGACAAUUAAACUGUAAAUAAAUCAAUCCGUACUGAAAAAAAACAUUCAUAUUGCAAGAGCGUCUCCUUGGA